AUGCCCAGAGACGCCGCCGAGUCACCGCCCCCCGAGCGCCAGACUGGCGCUCAGCAGCACGAUCCAACGGGUCCCGGCACCACUCGACCUGACCUCCAGGACCCGGAGGGUAAGGCCAAAGAGCUCAAGGCUGAGAUCGACAACCUCGAAUCAAACCCCAAACAGGCCAUGGCCGAUGAGUUGCCAAAGAAGUUUAGCAAGGGAGUCGGAAACUGA